GGAGCGGAGCGACUGGAAGCGCGGGCCGGGGAGGCGGCGGCGGCGGCGGCGGAGACGGGGGCCUCGCGGCUCAGCCCCCGCACCAGAACAGGCCUCCGCGGCGCUCGCCCUUCGCCGAGCCCCACCGCCGAGCCCGCCCCGGGCCGGCGUGCGCUGGUCAUCGAGGCCCAGGCUGCCGCUGCCGCUGCCGCGGCGCGUUCUUGAAAUCAUGAAUCCUGUUUAUAGCCCUGGUUCUUCUGGGGUUCCCUAUGCAAAUGCCAAAGGAAUUGGUUAUCCAGCUGGUUUCCCCAUGGGCUAUGCGGCCGCAGCUCCUGCCUAUUCCCCCAACAUGUACCCUGGAGCAAAUCCUACCUUCCAAACAGGUUACACUCCUGGCACACCUUACAAAGUGUCCUGUUCCCCCACCAGCGGGGCAGUGCCACCAUACUCCUCCUCCCCCAACCCCUACCAGACUGCUGUGUACCCUGUGCGAAGUGCCUACCCCCAGCAGAGCCCCUAUGCACAGCAGGGCACGUACUACACACAGCCCCUGUAUGCAGCACCCCCUCAUGUCAUCCACCACACCACGGUGGUGCAGCCCAACGGCAUGCCAGCAACAGUGUACCCUGCUCCCAUCCCUCCACCUAGAGGCAAUGGCGUCACCAUGGGCAUGGUGGCUGGGACCACUAUGGCCAUGUCAGCAGGUACCCUGCUGACCGCCCACUCCCCAACUCCUGUUGCCCCCCACCCAGUCACUGUGCCCACGUAUCGGGCCCCAGGAACGCCCACCUACAGCUACGUGCCCCCUCAGUGGUGAUCACCCUGCAAAUGUUUGAGGAUGGAGCUGUGCAGUCACAUCAUGGAGGUUCCACAGCUGGUGCUGCAGGCCUCGCGCCUCCAACCUGGACUUUCUUCUUAAUGCUCUCGACACUUAGCUAACACUACUCUGGCCCGGCCCAGCAGGUCCCAGCGCCAUUAGUUUCCAACGGACUCUGUGGGUUGGUCUUAAAGCAAUUCCUGUUUUGUGGGCUGCCUGGCAAUUUUUUAGCUAACUGUAAUGAUAAAAAGGGAGUAUUAAUCUAUUCUGAAUCAUAUCUAGUUGAAUGCAUGUUUAAAAAAACAAACAAAAAACAAAGCUUGCUCAAUCUACCUGCAGUGACUGAUGCAAAACCAUCAUAUGCAAAACCCAAAGGAAUGGAAAAGCAUUUUACAACUUGUAUCACUAAUGCACUGUUGUAAUGUAUGCAGAGUCUUCAAGUUAUAAGUGUUAAAGUGAAUUUCUUCAUAGAGUAUCUGAAAUCCCUUGGAUGAUUCUUCAGCCUUUGGGGUUGAUGUGGGUUGCCAGUUGGUAACGUGGACUUUGAGUUUUCAGCCAUCUGUUUCUUUUACACUGACUGCACGGGAAGAGAGUCGCAGGGACAGGGAAAGUGCAGGGUGGGCCACCACUGCCUGGGGCACAGCCAGCUUUCUGGACGUCCCUUUUCUUGCCGUUUAGGCUUGCCUAAACAUUGUGGUGUGGACAUUCUUAGAGAUGAUCAUGAAAGUAUAGAGUUGUAUGGCCAGUACAGUUAGGGGCAAGAGGUUGUCUGUGUAUCAGCAAAGCAGUUUUCUCUGCCAUCUCAAUUUUCAUUACAAGUCUCCUACACGUAGAGAUGAGGUUUUCUGUGUCUUUAUUGGGAAAGUCUUAUGUAGAACUAAAUUAUUUUCCUGGGAUGGAAGAUGUGUGAAGGAGAAACAGUCACACUUGGAGGAGGUAUUGGUUUCUCCUUUGUUUAGCUUAGAAAACCAUUCGUCCCUCCCGCCCCCAGAAGUUUCAGUCCACGGAAAACAUAUGUAGGCAUUGCUGUCCUCUACCACCCCCCCACCAACGAAGGGCAAAGAUUUCAGCUGUUAUGAAGAAAGUUACAUAUUUAAAAGAACUAUUAAAAGGGAACAAAACUUGA